AAGAUGUCAGAAUUUAUACAAAUCAACAAGCUGAGACUGAGCCUCUAGUACCAGGCCACAAAGUAGCGACGCGGGCGGGGCUACAUGGCUUGUGGCCAGAAUGAAAUUUGGCAAGACCUUUGAGAGUCAUCUGACCAUAGAGUGGCGUCAGCAGUAUAUGCAAUAUACGGAGUUGAAAGACAUGAUUAGUGAGGCCAUGGAUCGGGCGCCAAAUCCGGAGGUAUCCACACCAUACGAAAUCAGGUCUUACUAUAGGGCUUUCGAAGAGCAAUUCUUUCGCGCGUGCCACAAUGAACUGACACGUGUGAACAACUUUUUUCUGGAGAAGCUGGCGGAAGCGCGACGCAAGAACGCCACGCUCAAGCUCCAGCUGAUGACAACGAAUCGAAGCAGCAUCAUCUCCUUGCAUAAACAGCACUCGGACUCCUACAAUCGCAAGCCAAUGACCCAACGACAGCUCCGCUACGCCUACAGCGAGUUCUACCUAAGCCUGGUGCUGCUGCAAAACUUUCAGACCCUGAAUGCGACGGGGUUUCGCAAGAUUUGCAAAAAAUUUGACAAGAACUUGAAGUCAGAUCACGGUAUUAUCUGGUACCAGCGCAAUGUAGCCUGGGCACCCUUCACUAAUCGGGUGCCCCUGGAGCGUAUGAUCACCGAGGUUGAGGAUAUGUACACGCAAUAUUUGGCCGGUGGCGAUCGAACACUGGCGAUGAACAAACUACGCGUGCCCCCAUUGGGCGAGCCAACGGCCCCCGAUUUGGUCUUUAGAGCGGGUCUCGCCCUGGGAAUGUUCAUCAUGUUCGCUGUAGUGACGAUGGUGUCGUAUAUGAAGUGCAAGCCAGGACAGGGUAAGAUCGAGGCGUUCAUGCGACUCUACCGUGGCCCCUUCACCUGGGUUAUAUUCAAUUUUUAUAUGGCUGCCAAUGUGGCUGGCUGGCAGCGGGCGGGUGUUAACCAUGUGCUGAUUUUCGAGAUAGAUCCCAGACACCAUUUGCAGCCGGCAACAUUUCUGGAAAUUGCCUGCACAUUUGGCAUACUCUGGGCAUUGUCCAUCUUGGGAUUUCUUUUGCACAACAUCAUGUAUGUAGACGAUCCCUUUGUGUUUCCAUUGGCGCUUACGCUGAUUAUGAUCGCUAUGUUAUUCCUGCCGCUACCCAUACUCAAUUGGCCGGCCCGCUGGUGGACCAUAAGGCUGGUGGGUCGAGUGAUCGCAGCCCCAUUUUAUUAUGUGGGCUUUGCCGACUUCUGGAUGGGCGAUCAGAUGAACUCCCUGGUCAUAUGCAUGGCCGACUACUACUAUAUCAUGCGAUUUUACGUAACCUGCUGGCUUCGGUAUUACGAUGUGGACUUUUGCUUUGCCGAGGAUAUAUUUGUGCCGAUUUGUCGCUGUCUGCCCGCCUGGUUCCGGUUCGCGCAGUGCUUGAGACGCUUUCGGGACAGUGGCUCCAAGUCUGUGGUCUACCUGCUUAACGCUGGCAAGUACUCGACCACCUUCUUUGUGGCCGGCUUCGCGACCCUGCGCAUACAAACGGAACAUAAGUACAAGAAUACGUUCCAAAAUCCCUUCACUUGGGCCUAUCUGGGCAGCUAUGUUGUCUCGACCGUCUACUGCUAUCUGUGGGAUGUGCUGAAGGAUUUUGGUCUCUUUCAGAUCUGGAAGGGCGAGCAUUUGUUUUUGCGCGACAAGCUUGUCUACCCGCAGUUCUUCUAUUAUUUUGCCAUUAUCGAGGAUGCAAUAUUGCGCUUGUUCUGGGUCGCUGAGUUCAUAAUACUACACAACAAUGUGAUGACCCCCUACAAUUGUAAGACCAUCGGCAGCAUUUUGGAGAUCACGCGUCGCUUCAUUUGGAACUAUUUGAGAUUGGAGAAUGAACAUUUGAACAAUUGCGGACAUUUCCGAGCAACACGCGACAUAUAUCUGGCCACUCUGAAUCCACAGCAGGAGCGCCUUCUCGAGAACAUGAUGGACGAGUCGGAUAGUGUAACCAAUCGCAAGCCGCAUGACGAGCGCACAAAGCUGGCCAAGGAGUACUUCUAG